UUCAAUUUUUCACAACGGAUUUUCCAAUUUCGGAUAUUAUUCGUGUUAGUGAGUGAUAGAAUACGGCCAAUCGGAACUUUAAAGGCAACAUUUUAAAAGUGAAACGCUUGCCAUCAUGGCCGGUGGGAUAAACGGUCGACCGUGGCUUUUGGCCGUAUGUGUCAUCUUACUUCUGAGUGAAUCCUCGUCGGAUCAGGAUGCUGAACUAAUCGAACGCUCCAAAACAGUGCAUCUGGGCUGCCACAAGCGCCUAUUCACCUACCGUGUGUCGCAAACGGACACCAAGGGGCGUGAAUGCUGGGAUCACGUCAGUGUUCUGUCCUGCUGGGGUCGGUGCGAUUCCAAUGAAAUCUCCGACUGGCGCUUCCCGUACAAACGAUCGCACCAUCCAGUUUGCGUACAUGCCGGACGUACGAAGGCGGUCGCUCUGCUGCGACAUUGCCACCCGGAUGCGGACCUUGCGGCUCGCCAGUAUGAGUACAUGGAACCAAAGUCCUGCAACUGUCAGACCUGCUCAAGCACGGACACUAGCUGCGAAGGGCCGAAGCAGCUCAACACGGAAGCCGUUACGAAGAUAUUUCAAAUAGACGAAGAGGACACCGAGCCGGAAUAUCCGUAGUGAGAAACGACCAGAUCACCAUCGGUACGGCUACAUCGUACUAGUCCAACCGACUCAGCCCCAUCUGCAAUGGUAACCAUUCAACGUCAUGGCAUCGAUAGCUUCGUGGCACGUGCUUAUGGCACAACAGCGUAAUUUUAUCCAGGGAGCAUUGCUUAAGAAACAAUUUGUCAUACAAUAUGUGAAAUAGUGAAUAAAUGGGUUAUUUUUAU